UAUGUAGAUGAAUUGUCACAGUUUAAAUGUUAUGGUCGUAUUUCUUUCUUUUUCCUGAAAAUGGGCUUGAUCUUUGGCUAUGCUUGUAUUUAUACGUUAGAAUUUGACUGAAGUAAUCUGUAUGUUUCCUUUCGACUUUAAUGGUAUUUUAUGACAUUUUAUCGAUCAUUUGUGUAUGUCACUAACGCAAAUUAUAGAUUUAUUUUACUGGAAUGACCGAAUCCCUUGUUAUUUUUGGUCGUCUUUAAUGUUUACUUUCUAAGCCAGUAACAUUACAUUUGCAAUUUGAAAUCAAUUUCCGUAUAAACUUGAGUCGAGCCGAUAGAUAAGUUUAACGUUUCAGCUCCCGAUUUAUUAUACUGUAAUAUACAAAUAUAUUUUAAUGUCGAAAACAAACUGUACAGAAGAUUUAAACCCCUCCCCCUCCAGUCGAGGUAUUUUCCAGCUGAAGAAUCAACUGGACUCGUUCACUUUCGAUCCAGUUUUAACCUCGUUAUUUAGCUCAAAGCGAUUUAAAAAGGACGAUUUCGCAUUUAUUUGUCCAUCUCAGUCGGAAUGGGUCGGGCUUAUUUGUUUGGAUGUCCUGUAGGAAGGCGUUAACCAUCGAAACCCGACACCGAGGCUCAGCUGAGCAGAGGGGGCUGGGCAAAACCUUGACCCACUGCCCUGGGUGAACGGAAUUUACUUAACUUUGCUUUUCUAUGCCCCGUUAAAGGUGUUUUGACGACUUGAAACACAAAUAAAGCGAAAAUAUGGAGGCAUUCAGACUGAUGAAGGAACUGAAGAGCAAUCUGGACCAGGAGGUUCAGUAUCUGCCGAAGGAAACCGGACUCAGUUUGAUUGAAUCCACACAAGAGAACGGUAAUGGAGUUUCAGCCAAAUGUCGAGAUGCUCGAGUGGAAGAUCUCUGGAGCUUGACCAGUUUCUUCGGUUACAGCACUCAGACCUUUGUACUAGCCGUUAACCUGCUGGACAGGUUUAUAGCUAUGAUGAAGGUUCAGCCCAGGUAUCUGGCCUGCAUCAGCAUCGGUUGCCUUCAUAUCUCCGCCCGAGUGACUGAAGAGGAGUGCAAUGUUUCGUCCAGCCAUGAGCUCAUUCGCAUCAGCCAGUGCAAGUUCACCGUCUCAGACCUCAGCCGAAUGGAGAAGAUCAUUUCAGAGAAGCUCAACUUCCAGUUAAAAGCCGUCACAGCCUUAACCUUCCUGCAUUUGUACCACGCCAUUGCACUUUCGCACACGUCCAACAGAAAAGACAUCCUGAAUCUUGACAAACUUGAAGCCCAGCUGAAAGCCUGCCUAUGCAGAAUUGUUUUCUCCAAAGCAAAACCUUCGGUGCUCGCUUUGUCGCUCUUGAUGCUUGAGAUCGAGGCCUUACAGUCUGCGGACCUGCUAGAAAUCGCCCAGCGCAUACAAACACACUUGAAGAUCUCCAAGGCUGACCUAGCGCGCUGGCGAGGUCUGGUAGGUCAAUGUAUGAGGGAAUACUCCUCUCCAGAAUGUGCCAAACCUGACCACAAGAAACUGGUGUGGAUCGUCUCGCGGAGGACGGCGCAGAACCUGCACAGCAGCUACCGGAGCGUCCCCGAGCUGCCAACCAUCCCAGAGGGCGCGUGGGACGAGAGCGAGAGUGAGGAUUCAAGCGAAGACCUGAGCUCCGGGGAAGAGAGUCUGAGCAGUGACGCUGAGGGACCCUACUUCCCCCCGAACUUCUGCUCCCGUGCCCGCAGACAGUAAUAUGCUCUAAACCACUUGCCAAGGAGCACAGCCACCAAUGGAGAUGUGGCUUUCUUGUCAUCUUCCAAGAUGAUGUCACAGACCUCUCCUGGCUGGAAACCUAAAGCUAUACAGCGAGGUGCCAUUGUGCCUGAGUUCGACGACACCACCGAGUCCAAAAUAUCAGAAUUGUAUUUUAAAACUCUUCUGUUAUGGCUUUACACAAAGCCAGUCCAAAUACUGUAAACAUCUCUCUUGAUUACUCGUGUUAAGCUAAAAGUGAAAUAAUUUAGCGCUGCAAAACACUGGCAGCUAAAAAC